CAUCAGCAGUUGGAUAAGCCGGAGUUGGCGAAGCCCAAGCAGCAGAAACAGGAGUUUGAACUGGCCAAGGAAUUCGUUAUCAUUGUAGAGUUGCCGUCUCCAAGAAACUGAAGCAGUUCUGCUUCCACGAUGUGCAGGCCGUUAAACAAGGAUUACCGAGCUGCUGAUUUCCAGCAGCUCAGCCAGCUGAUCAGGAAUCAUCCGCUGAUGAAGACGACCACGUCGGAGCAGCUGCCCAUGCAGAAGCUGCGCUCGCCCGAAUAUCGCACCAAGUGCGUGAUGCGCGCCUCGCUGGAUGACAUAGCGCUGGGAAUAAAUCUGUUCAAGCUGCAUUUGGGCGGCGACAGGGACAGGGAGAGGGACACGGCCAAAGCGGAAACUGUUGGCUUUGCGCCCGCGGUUCGCAAAUCGGCCAAGCCGACGGCCACGCCCUUUAUCAAAGUGCUGCUGCGGAAGACGCCGCUUGUGGUGCUGUUCGAGCGGCCCAGCAUGACGGCCGAGGCGGACAGCGAGGAGGGGCGCCAGGUUUUGGCGGAUAAUCGGCGCUACGAGCAGUUGCUGGCGGGCACAGACAAAUCCCGACGCACCGUCGACUCGGAAACGCAGACGAUAUCGACGCUGCUGAAAUCGCGGCUGGUCAACACGGAGCGCCUGCACACCGACCAGGUGGCCUCCUAUGUCUCCAACUUCGAGAUGUUCGACACGUACAAGGAUCUGGAGGCGUCCACGAAGAGCGUUCAGGUGCAGGGCGCCCAGCAAAUGGAGGUGACCACCUAUCGCGUCGGCGGCGUGGAUCAGUUUGUGGGCAUCAAUAAGCUGCCCAGCUUCCGGCUGGCGCUUAUGCUGACCAUGCGCAUCCUGGCCAGCAAUGUGUACGAGCCGGAACAGCGGCGCUUUCGCAAUAUGACGCCACCCGAUCCGCUCGCCGAGGACGUCAAGUUCCGGUACCGGCUGCGCCUGCUCUGGCGCCUGAGUGCACCCGCCUCCUGCCCGUUGCCCGGAACCCGGCAGGCAGUGACCGGGAUUAGCUUUUGUCCCAGCAAUGGCGACAUUUUUGCCGUGUCGUAUGGUAUUUAUACCUAUGCGCAGCUGGGCAAGCAGCCCGACAUCAGUGCCGGCCAUGUCUACGUGUGGAACAUCAAGAAUCCGGUGAAUCCGGAACGCUGCUACAAUUACUCCGUGCCCGUGGUCACGUUGCAGUUCGCGCCGGCGGCUCCACAGCUGCUGGCCAUUGGCCUGCACAAUGGCGAUGUCCAGGUGCGGGACAUUUCGCAGCCGGAGGAUCAGCCGCCGCUGGCCAGCUCCCAGCGCAGCAGCUCGCCCCACUUUGAGCCGGUGACAUCCAUCAAAUGGAUACAGCGCACCGACGGGGAUGUGCCCGGCGAGCCCGAUCUGACGCCUCUACUGGCUGCCUCGCAGUCGGGCGCCAUCACGAAAUAUCAGCUGAUCAAUAGUCCACAUCUGUUGGGCUUUCAGCAUCAGUAUUUUGAGCGUGCCGAGGCCGAGCUGGAGGGGAUUCCCCUCCAGUGCCAGGCGCAGCGUGUCCCACUCCUGGCGAAUCGCCACGUGCAGUGCCUGGAACUCGUGCUGGAUCCGUUGCAAACAGAUUUUUACUAUGUGCUCACCGAUGAGGGCACCAUGUACAAGUGCUCCACCAAUUAUCCACUGCAGCAUCUGGAGCAGCGCCAGGUGCACGAAACGCCUGCCGUCUGCAUGGACUUCUCGCCCUGGUCCCCCAAGCUCUACUUGACCUGCGGCAGCGAUUGGUGCAUUCGCAUCUGGAUGGGCGGCAUCCUGCUGCCGCUGAUCACGCUGCAGCAUCAUCUGUCACCGGUGCACUGCGCCCGCUGGAGCCGCACCCAUUCGACCAUUUUGGUUUCGCUCAGCCACAGCACCAUCGACAUCUGGGAUCUGCGCAACAGCACACUGAAGCCCGUCUCGUCCACCACAAUCGAUGCCCGGAUUGACUACACGACCUUCUGCUUUUCGCACUGUGGUCGCUGCCUGGCCGUGGGCAAUGAGGCUGGCAAUCUCCUUAUGCUCGCCUUUGAGGACAUGCCCUUUCCGCCGCAUUUUCAGUACAGGCAACUGAAGCGUGCCCUCUUCAAGGCCCUGGCCUUGGAUCCGGAGCUGCUGCAACAGGUCAAGAGCGUGGGCUCCUUUAGUUAUCCCGGAGGCGGCAAGCACACAGCAGCGCAAUAGACUUGUUCGGAGAAUUCAAUUUACAUAAGCAACCAUUUUCCACCAGAGGUGAUUUACCCGAAACGCGUGAAACACAUAUCUAAUAAAUUUCCACCCUUUUUCC